AUGAAUCCUCACAAUGAGAGGAUUCCCCACUUGGGGAGAAGCAUCCCGCCUGGGGAACCGAUGGACCCCCCUCCGAAAAAAAAAGUAGGACGCAAAAAAAUGGAAACCCAAAUGAACCAAACGGACACCACCAAACAGAGGCACACCCAGAUCGGAGACAGAGUUAAAGGGAAAAAGGCAAUUUUCGACAAAAAAAAAAAAACCAAACGGAAGAAGCUUAUCCUGCUCGAGAAGGAAGCAAAGCAAAGUGUCUACAAUGCCUUAUGGGGGGAAUCCAAAACAACGCUUCCCCAAAUGGAGGGAUCACCAAAAUGUGGUGGAGUAGGCUACAUAAAGUUUAUCUCGCGAAAAGUGAAGUGGAGGAGGGGUAUGGUACCCACCGACCAUGCUAACUGUAGGUGGGGCCAACUGAAAGAGGAGCAACACACGAAACGUGAUUCACCCGAUAGGCACCAUUUAGAAGAAGCUCCAAAUGGCACAACAAAUGGUGCACCACAAAUAGGUGAAGAAGUCGCCCGAGUGAAGAGGUUCCUUCUCCUGUGGGGGGGAAAAUUCCCAAAAGGGGGUGUACUGAAAAGUGAACCCACUGAAUCUGCUGGGAAAGGCGCAGUAAUGGCCCACCCUACUGUGCCAACCCAUGAUGAGGGAAACCUCCCCAACAGGGAACAAAUAAAGGAGUGCAUCCUCAGAAGCGAAAAAAUUAUAAACUACAUACAAACAACCAGGGUGGAAAAAAAAACUUACAUUAACGAGUACGUAGAUCAGGUAAUAACAGAGGAGCUGAACAAUCUGGUUAAAUCGUUUCUGGAGAAAAUUUCCAAAUCGCAGGAGAAACUCUAUUUAAUGAAAAAAAAAAAGAAAAGGUACUACUUGGGGUUGCGUGAAUGCUACAAGCACGUCUGUAUAGACAACCCCAAGUUGGUUCUCCUCGCACCGAACAUUGAACCGAUGACGAAUGGGGUGUUCGACGAGCAGGUUAGUAAGAUCAUUUGCAAGUGUCGAGAGAAGGGCAUACCCUUGGUCUAUGCCUUAAGCAAGAACUUGUUGGGGAAGUGCAUUAAGAAAUCCAGGCAGAGCGUCAUAUGCAUUGUAGACAACGACUCCUUUAUAAGGGAGUGCAACGAGAUUGUGUGGUUGGCAAAUUCUCUCAGGCGGCAUGCGCCAAUUAGCACGCAUGACACGUCCGUUUGUACCACUCUGAAUGCGCCCUGA